UUGCGCCCCACUCUGCAUAUUGUUUAAACGUGUAAGUUGAAGACGUGCGUGCCAAAAUGUCUGAAAGAUCCAAAGGUGACGUGUCGCGUGUAAACAACAAUGCGACGCGUGUCGUUAAAAAUCCACUUUUAAGUGCCUCCGUAACCGGACUCAGCUUCGACGACUUCCCCAACAAGCCACAACUUCUACCGGCGGCACCGCCAGUGGUGCACGCACCACUCCCGCCCACGCCUGUCCUUGUUGCUGGCAUACUCAAUCGUGAGCCCAAGACCUUGGUGACCGUCGGCCAAUCAUCGGCCAUUGAUGAAACCGAGAAUCUAGACGAAAUCAAUUUGAACGCCUCCAACGACGAAGAGCUCGUUGCCGACAGCAAUGCCAAUCCUUUGCUAGACCAGAUUCCUUCAAACGAUUCGUUGCUCAGUCAGGCAGCCUCUUCGUUUACCGCGCUCCCAGCCGUAGCCUCCAACGUUUUCUCAACAUUCUCCAAACGCAUCUACUCGGGCAGCAGCAGUCGUGAGCGUACGCCGCUUUCGGAAACGGAUGACAGCUCUCUACAGCCACAGCUGGAAAUCCAACCGCAUUACCUACAACAGGCUAAUUAUAAUCAGCAAUUGACUGACGGCUCAGCGCCCGCGUUCUACGCGCCACCACCGCCAGCAUCGGAGGCUUUGGCGCCGCCCAAAUUCUAUACGCCCGCAGAACUGCCUGCACUUCCAACGCCUAGCGCCGUACCGCCACCCUCUGUAGGAGGUCAAAAUACAUAUCGUUUUACGGCAAAGAAAAAGUUAUACGCGCCAAUACCGGGUCUCUCUGAGCAGAAGGCAUCGGUCCAGGUUCAACAACAGCCAUUACCAAUACAGACGCCUUCGUAUCCGCAGCCGCAUCAACUGCUAGGCGAAACCACUGCAGUUGCUUUCCAGGAUCCAAAGCCAGCAGAGGAGCGCAAGCCAGGAGGCGGCCUUUUCUCGCUAACUAGCCUCGUGCCGACGGGUGUUUUGCAGAACAUCUCCGGUCUAGUGCAAUCGGCCACUGGUAGUUUUGUUCAGCAGCCCCCCAAAAGUAACGAGAUCAACUAUAUUGCCCCUGAUCCCACAGCUGUAAGCUACUUAACGCCAGCCACAGCGGCAUCUACUGAAACUACAGUGCCGACGUUCUUUACGCCAUCGUCGGUUGUGACUGGAAACUACUUCGUGCCCGAAGCAGUACCCCCUCCAGCACCUACGACUCAGACGACAACAAGUGCCCCGCCACCGUCUAUAGGUGGUUUCUUUGCACCAACUCCUGCAUCACUCUUCGGAGAAAAGGAGCCGGCGACAGCCACUGCAGAGCCACCAGCUGUUGCUGGCCUGUUUCCUGGAAACUCUGUUGCACCAAUACCGACCAUACCGACGAAUAUAGUUUCUCCAAUAGCAUUACCUGCAGCCGUAGAACCUCCACCAACAUUAAGUGCGGCUCAGCCACCACCACCAGCCGCAGGACCGUCGUCAUACCGUUUGCAAAAAGGAACACGACUGUACAAAAGUCCGUUAACAAGCCAAGAGGUUACGCCUGCCACAUUCACUCCUUUUCAGACCUUUGCACCUCAGUCGUUUCCACCGGCGGCUCCCUCUACUUUAUUCAAUCCUUUUGAACCCCCCAAACCGGACUUAACAGCAUCGGAGCUUAGAAGAACCACCCCAGCUCCGCCCGUAACAACAACAAGCCAACAAACAGAGGCGCUGACCGCAGCUCCACUGCCUUCAAGCGCAUCUUUUGCACCUCAGCCGUUUCCAACUGCGGCUGCCUCUACCUUAUUCAAUCCUUUUGAACAAGCAAAAUCUGACAUAACUGGAUCUGAUUCUGGGACUAUCGUACCUGCUCCGUUUGUGGUACCAAACCAACAAACCGAGGGAAUCCACGCAGCUCAACUACUUCAACCGCUUCCACCAGCGGCUUCCUCCACUGUAUUUAAUUCUUUUGAACCAGCAAAAUCCGAUAUAACAGGAUCUGAGUCUAAUACAGCCGGUCUAGCUCCGCCUACGCCAUUUGAAACAGAACUAAACCAACAAACUCUACGGCCUUCAAUCUCUUUAAGCGGGCCUUUACCAGCGCCUCUUUUUGAUCCAGCAACAUCAACGUCAUCUGCAGAUCCGGAGGAUAACGUUUCUGCGUUUGUUUCAUCUGCAAUUUCCCAAUCCGACAAAGAAGUUUCGUUCAUAUCAGAAGCUGCGACUAUCCCUGGAAUUGCUGCACCACCAUCACUACCGUCAACAGCUUUCGGAGGUUCAGUUCAAGAAGUUCCAUUAUUUGCUUCACCAACAACAUCAUUACCAAGUCAGCCAAGUGGAGUUUUAGGCGUACCUCUCUUCUAUCCACCAUCUACUUCAGCAUCUAUAGCCGAGUCUAAAGAGGAAGCUCCGCCAUUUUCUCCGACAGCCCCUGCCCUCGGCCUAUUAGAAACAGCAAAUUCGAUCAACGAGCCACUUGAAGGAACGGAUCAAGUCUCUUCAAGAGCUGAGGUAGCAACAAACGACGAACCUGCAGCAGCAUUAUUCAACGCAGCACCACCAGAAAAGAGCACAACCUCUAAGGUCUCUCUAACAACUCAAACAACAACUACAUUCUUCAAUCCUUUUGUGAAGCCAUCGCCACUGGAAACAUCCGAAGUAAAGCCGGAAUAUACAGGCGGAUUUAUAGGAUUCGUGGCACCAGACGCACAACUACAGUCACAACAAUCGAGCGACACCUCGCCGCUUAAAGCACAGACCAUCGAGCCAGUUAUACCCGAAGCAGUACAGCCUCCACCAGUGGGACCACCUCCCAGGCAAAGCGACUCAGCACGGUCUCAAGCUAACCCAUUCCGCAGAGGCAGCGAGACAAUCCCUCCCAAUCUAGCUACUGCUGCAACAGUUCAACCUUCGGCGCUUCUGAACUUCUUCACUCCAGCACCGAGUGACGGUAACUCAGCCAACGACUUCAACUUUUUCGCAUCACCACAGCAAGCAGACCAAGGAGACAAGACUGAGCCAGCAGCCAACAAUUUCUUUCCCGAGCUACCGCCUCCCAUUUUACCGAAGGAGCCACCACAAGCAGCUGCGUGUGAGGCAACUAUUGCCGCAAUCGCACCGCCGCCAAUUGGCUUCGAUCAACUGCUGACUCAGCAAACUGAGCAAGCUCAGAACACGCCCGAAAUUGGAUUAGAAAAUUCAAAUUUAAACUCUUUCUCCGGCUAUUUUGGGGGCCCGGGCCAGGUGCUGCCCCAAAUACAGCAGCCGCAACCAUUCCAAGCUGCGGACUCAGCCACGUUCUUUGACAACCUAGAAGUUCCAGAUAAAGGACCAGUAGGUCAACCCCAAGGGGAUAUCAACCCAGGCGGCCCCAACGAGGAUCAACGCAUACAAAACUUUUUCAACAAUCCACCGUUGCAGGAGCAACCCGCAGGACCAGGCGAUCUGAAGUACGACAUUGUGCACAGUGGCUUGGGAGUGAAAAAUCUGGAAGCCCGUUCACAAACACCUAUUUCGAAUCUGGUGGAGCCGCCUUCAUCGGCCUGCUCCGAAUUUUCCGAGCUGAGUGGAACGCCACAGCGCCAGCCACCACAGCAACCAAUAAUUCAACAGCAGGAAGUAACUCCUUCUACACAGGUAACUUCCACCUCUGCAGAUCUGUUGCAACAACACUACGCCGAGUUGCCGGAGGAGAUCCUCAAGGAACUAAGAAUGGCGAAGAACGAGAAGGGUCAGGCGACACCACCAAUUAAUAUUACUUACACGCCCGUGGUUCGUCAUUGGUUCUACAAGAGAAGUGUAGGCACCAAAUUCAUUUGGACCCCAUUCAGCCAUUAUGAUUCGGCAUUGUUGGAAACUAGUCUGAAUAGCGACGACUCUACCAUUAUAGUGGCUGUUGAGGGUGGACGCUAUGAUGUGAACAUCAAGGAACGCACCAAGACGCCCGUUUACUGGGAUGGCAAGGCCAUCGAGGUGCGUCGCUGCUCAUGGUUCUACAAGGGUGUCGACUCCAAAUAUGUGCCCUAUGAAGAGGCCACCGCCCAGCUGCUGGAAACAGAAUACAAGCGUGCCGCAGAGACUGGGGAAUGGCAUCAGAAGAUCAUCCUCUCGGCCGGCGAGCAGGUUGUUUUCCACGGACCCACAGUCAUCGUACACUUCCAUCCACAGCAGAACGCUGAUACCUGGGGCGGCAGCACACAAAGUACGAUGCGACCACGCGUCGUUAAAAGAGAUCUGGAUGAUUUUGUCAUCGAGCAGGGCGAGUCACAACGCGUCGAUCAUUUGCUGUUCAUGGUGCAUGGCAUCGGAUCAGCUUGCGAUCUAAAAAUGCGCACAGUCGAGGAAGUGGUGGACGAUUUCCGUAACAUUGCGCAACAAUUGGUGCAGUCACACUACAAGAACUCCACCGAUAUGGGGUUGGUGGGACGUGUGGAGGUGCUGCCCAUCUCCUGGCACGGUCAUCUGCAUUCUGAGGAGCUGGGCAUCGAUGAGAAACUCAAAUCCAUCACCCUAGAGUCCAUUCCUAGGCUACGAAACUUCACCAACGACACGCUGCUUGAUGUUCUUUUCUACACCAGUCCCACAUACUGUCAGAAGAUCAUGAACACGGUGGCCACAUCUUUAAAUGAAGUGUAUAUUAAAUACCGCGCCCGACAUCCCGAAUUUAAUGGCGGCGUCUCGUUGGCUGGCCACAGUCUGGGCUCCUUGAUACUCUUUGAUUUGUUGUGUCAUCAAGAGCCGCUUAAAGAGAGUGAGGAGGAAAAUAUGGAGAAUCCUGAUCAGCUGCCUGUGAAAGGUAGUGCCUACAACCAGGUGCAGCUGCCUGCUCACCCCAACGAUAUGCUCUCCAAACAGGUCAGCUAUGCCAUGGGACCUGCCGGUACUGGUCAGCCUGUUAUUAACUAUACGCAGCUUAUAUUUCAUCCGAAAAAAUUCUUUGCCUUGGGCUCUCCCAUUGGCAUGUUUGUUACCAUACGAGGCAUUGAUAAGCUGGGUCUAGACUUCCGCCUACCCACCUGUCCGGGUUUCUAUAACAUAUUCCAUCCGUUUGAUCCGGUGGCCUAUCGCAUUGAGGCGCUAGUCAAUCCAGAUAUGAAUGGCAUACGACCCGUACUCAUACCACAUCACAAGGGACGCAAACGCAUGCAUUUGGAGCUGAAGGAGACGAUGUCGCGGGUGGGCGCUGACAUAAAGCAAAGAUUUAUGGACACAUUCAAGACCACAUUAGACAGCGUGAACUUCCUAGCCACCGUCACAAAGGCAAAGAAAGAGGCCGAAGAGACGCUCGAAAAGGAAAUAAGUCCGAUCUUUCAAAAACAAAUCGAGGAUCGUGAAGAUUCCUCCGUUGCUACAACUUCAACGCAAGCACGCAAUCGCACCGAUUCCAAUUCGACAACGGCCUCAGAUCCCGAGUUUAUCGAACUAGACUUCCCGCUUGGCAAACUGAACGAUUCGAAACGCGUGGAUUAUGUGUUGCAGGAGGCGCCCCUGGAGUUUAUAAAUGAAUAUAUUUUCGCUUUGAGCAGUCACGUCUGCUAUUGGGAAUCUGAUGACACCAUUCUGUUUGUUAUGAAGGAAAUUUACGCUGGACUAGGCAUUAGCACAGAUAGUCAGGUGCCACAGCAGUCAAUGACCAUUGAAAGGCCCAGCAAUAGUGUUAGUCAGUCGCUGAUGCCCUUGUGAGUUGAUUAAUUUGUCGGGCCCCCUCCCCAAAAUUCACCUGUUGAACACUAUUACAUAGAAAUAUUUAGAAACAAUUUAUUUAGCUCUGUUAUUUACUAGAAAAUUCAUACAAAGAAUUUUUACUAUGUGCAACUCUAACUUGGUUAAUGGUAUUAUCAAUGUAAGAAGCCGAAUUGUCCCUUCUGAGUAAUUUCGGAACGCGAAGCGCAUUACAAAAAUUUAUAUUUACCAACUGCAAAUGGAUGUUAUGCUACUUUUGUAAUUUUGCGUUUGUAAUUGACUUUUUUCAUAUAUGUAUAUGUACACUAACAAUAGUAUGUAUGUUUGUGACAAACUUAUAUUUAAUAAAUAAAUAUUUUAAAAUGCA